CAAAUCCAGGCCCUGCUGGCUCCCCCGAAGAGCGAAGAUGGGGAGAAGAGGAGCAGGAGGCCCGAGAAGGAGCCCAGGAGAAGUGGCAGGGCCACUAACCACGACAGCUGCGAUAGCUGCAAGGAAGGAGGGGAUCUGCUGUGCUGCGAUCACUGCCCCGCCGCUUUCCACCUCCAGUGCUGCAACCCUCCGCUCAGCGAGGAAAUGCUGCCUCCAGGGGAGUGGAUGUGUCACCGCUGCACCGUGCGCCGAAAGAAGCGAGAACAGAAGAAAGAGCUGGGGCAGGUAAAUGGAUUGGUGGACAAAUCUGGGAAAAGGACCACCUCCCCAACCAGUGACGCAGACCUGUUGGACAGGUCUAGCAGCAGCAUCAGGGCUAAUGCGCAUGCCAGGAUCUUGGAAAGGAGAGCAAGCCGGCCUGGCACUCCCACAUCCAAUGCCAGCACCGAGACCCCCAACUCAGAGCAGAAUGAUGUGGAUGAGGACAUAAUUGACGUGGAUGAUGACUCUGCCAUUGCAGAAAUGGACUGUGGGCAGCCCCAGCUGAAGCGACCCUUUGAGCUUCUUAUUGCUGCUGCCAUGGAAAGGAACCCCACGCAGUUCCAGUUGCCGAAUGAGUUGACCUGCACCACAGCACUUCCAGGUACUAGCAAGAGGAGGAGAAAGGAAGAAACCACAGGAAAGAACGUCAAGAAAGCACAACACGAGUUAGACCACAAUGGUUUGGUUCCCUUGCCAGUCAAAGUCUGCUUCACAUGCAACAGGAGUUGCAGAGUGGCACCUCUAAUUCAGUGUGAUUAUUGCCCACUUCUGUUCCACAUGGAUUGUCUGGAGCCACCUCUUACUGCCAUGCCUCUGGGUAGAUGGAUGUGCCCAAAUCACAUAGAACACGUGGUGCUGAACCAGAAGAACUUGACCCUGAGUAAUCGGUGCCGAGUAUUUGACCGGUUCCAGGAUACCAUAUCUCAGCACGUUGUCAAAGUGGAUUUCUUAAACCGAAUCCAUAAGAAACAUCCUCCGAAUCGCAGAGUUCUUCAGUCAGUGAAGAGAAAGGGUUUGAAGGUUCCUGAUGCUAUAAAGUCCCAGUACCGGCUUCCACCCCCGUUACUUGCGCCUGCAGCAAUUAGAGAUGGCGAGCUGAUCUGUAACGGGAUCCCCGAGGAACCCUUGCAGAAGCACCUUUUGAACACUGAGCACUUAGCCAGCCAGACAGAACAACAGGAGUGGCUCUGUAGUGUUGUUGCGCUCCAGUGCAGCAUAUUGAAACAUUUAUCUGCUAAGCAGAUGACUUCGCUUUGGGACUCUGAACAAACAGAGAAGGCUGAUAUUAAGCCUGUUAUUGUGGCAGACGGCGCGCUCGCCAACCCUUACCAGGCAGCUGACAAGGCACCCACACCUUCCCUCUAUUCCAUGUCAUCCUGCACCUCAGGGAUUACCACCCAGAAUUCCUUGAGUUCCUCACAAUCCCAGCAGACUUUGUCACAGGAAGAUGUCAACUGCAGCUCCUGUCUAGAUAAAUCCAAGAAGGUGUCUUCUUGCGGGACUUCUAACGGGCCGACAGCCUCUGAUGUUAAAGUAAAUGGUCCUCAUUUCUAUGGCGUUUCGUCCGAACCUUCAGCACAGUUGACUGACUCCCAGAGGCUGGUUGGAGCUGGUAACACAAUACCUGUUUUGUCUCAUCGGCAAACGUGGCCCAGGCCCCUCACGCCCCCAGCCACUUGCGGACUUCUGAAUCACACGAUUGGAACCAUUGUCAAAACGGAGAACGUAGGAGGACCCGUUCCUUGUGCACAAAGGGGUUCUGUGCCAGUCACAAGUAUGCCUACUUCCAUCUCGAGUUCCUGUGCCAGCCUGGAGACCACCAGCACUUUGCAAAGGAAGAACGUGCAGACACAGAUCGGACCGCCGCUCACAGCGGACCUGCGAUCCAUGGGCUCCCCUCUGACUGCCACCAGGGCUCUCACCCCUCCCCAGGCUGCAGGAGAUGGGAUCUCGGCUGUUGGAUCCACAAACAGAUUCUGUUCACCAGCACCACCUUCAGAUGGUAAGGUCAGCCCCAGCACCUUAUCCAUAGGAAGCGCUUUAACUCUACCCUCAUCACUCACUUCGAGCUCUGCAGCUAUGUUGGACCUCACCAGUUCCCUGAAAGCGUUUAUGGAUGGCGAGAUUGAGAUAAAUAUGCUGGAUGAGCAGCUGAUCAAGUUUCUGGCCUUGCAAAGAAUACAUCAGCUCUUUCCUUCCAAAGCUCAGUCUCUAGCAAGCAGUGUCAGUGCCCAUCAGCAAUCUCCUGUGGCAAACCACAUUGAAGCGCAAAGAAAGGAAGUGCAAGCCCGGGCAGUGUUCUACCCUCUGAUGGGCCUGGGGGGUGCAGUCAAUAUGUGCUAUCGAACCCUCUACAUUGGGACAGGAGCCGAUAUGGAUGUGUGCCUUACAAGCUAUGGUCACUGUAACUACGUGUCCGGCAAGCAUGCCUGCAUAUUCUACGAUGAGAAUACGAAACAUUACGAGCUGUUGAACUACAGCGAGCACGGGACAACGGUGGACAACGUUCUCUAUUCGUGUGACUUCUCGGAGAAGAUGGCUCCCACUCCUCCCAGCAGUAUUGUUGCCAAAGUGCAGAGCGUGAUAAAGCGACACAAAAGCAGGAAGCAGGAAGAGGAGCCGCACGAAGAAGCCGCCGUGAUGAACUCGCAGGCGCAAGGGCAGCAUCGGAAACCCUGCAACUGCAAAGCCAGCAGCUCCAGCUUGAUAGGGGGCAGCGGGGCUGGCUGGGAGGGGACGGCCCUGCUCCACCACGGCAGUUACAUCAAGCUGGGCUGCCUGCAGUUCGUUUUCAGCAUUACCGAAUUUGCGACCAAACAGCCCAAGGGGGGGGACGCUGCCUUAGUACAAGACAUGGACUUGGAGGAGAAGCUUUCUCUGAAACCCCACCAGGUGCCCGUGCUGCGGUCCAACUCUGUUCCCUAGGAAUUGGGAGGAAGAGAGCUUUGGAGACAAGGAAAACGCCCUCAGACUCUUGCCACGCAAAAAAAAAAAACUGUACAAACCUUGGUGGGAUUUUUUUUCUACGUCAGCCCAGA